CGCGACAACCACCCCGACAUUGACUACAUCCUCUGGACGGGCGACAUUCCGCCGCAUGACAUCUGGAGUCAGACGAGAGACAGUCAGCUGGAGCUGAUCAAUGUCACGAGAGACAGUCAGCUGGAGCUGAUCAAUGUCGUUGGCAGUCUACUCGACCAGUACUUUGGCCACAUUCCCAUCUACCCGGUGGUGGGCAAUCAUGAGAGCUUGCCGAUGAACAGUUUUCCACAGCCAACGGCGGAGAUUGAGAACAAGUACACCAAAAGUUGGCUGUACGACAAGCUUUCCGAGUCCUGGCUACGAUGGCUUCCACUGGAGACGCAGGCGACCAUUGAAAAAGGUGCAUUCUUUGCUGCUCGCCCAAAGUCAGGCUUGAAAAUCAUCUCCUUGAACACCAACUUUUGCAACAACCAAAACUGGUGGAUUCUCCUCAACUCUACUGACCCUGGUGACCAGCUGCAGUGGCUGAUCAAGCAGCUCACUGAAUCGGAGGAACUUGGUGAAAUGGUACAAAUCCUCGGUCACGUCCCCCCGGGCAGCAGUGACUGCAUUCAAAUGUGGAGCCGCAACUACAACAGCAUCAUCAACCGCUUUGCGCACAUAAUCAAGGGCCAGUUUUUCGGGCACACGCACAAUGACGAGUUUGAAAUCUUCUACGAGGACGUCACGCCGAGAACUGACCAGACGUUCUUCUACGAUAAGACGUACAAGGCAACCAAUGUCGCCUACAUUGGCCCCUCCAUCACCACCUUUGGCAACGUCAACCCAGGAUAUCGAAUCUACACCGUCGACCCGUACAGCUUUGACCUGCUCGACCAUGAGACCUUCUUCCUCAAUCUGACUGCCGCCAAUGGCCAUCGAAACUCGCAGCAGCUGCAAUUUGAAAAGUCCUACUCGGCAAAGAAGGCCUACGGUCUGAAGAACCUUUCCGCGGCGGAGUGGCACAAGUUGGUGAUGCGAAUGCGGACGCCUCGUUCGAGUGAGGACCGCGUCAACGGGGCAGUGCAGACGGCGGAGAGACUCUUUCAGCAGUUCUACCGCUACUUCUACAACCGUAGCGACAAUGUGGGCGACAACCGGUGCGACGAUGAGUCCUGCAAGUACGAGAUUCUCUGCCGUCUGGUGACCGCCCUCUCACAGGACACCUCCAUUUGCCGGCACUUUCUCAUGUGA